UGACACAUCUCGGUCAUAUGUCAACUGGUCAAGGCUGUCAAGUGUAGUAUGUCAAGGAAAAUCGUCAUUGGUAUUAUUUUUCAUUGAAUUAUUUUUAUUUUUGGCAAAGCUCCUAAUUUUGCUACUUGUGUUUUAAUUGAGCUAUAUUUACCAGUUACGUGACUUACGUAUUAAACAUCCAUUAUUGACAGAACCAGUGUAAUGUCGGAUUCGUGGAAAACCGAUUCCGAAUUCAAGUGUUAGUGAACAAUAAUUUUUGUGUUUAAGUACGUAAACGAAACGAAAAUGUCUGAAACCGAUCUAGGCCCCCGAAAAACGCUUUUUGUGAUAGUUAUAGUAGUAGGGUGUUUUGCAGUGCUAUGGCCAAAAGUUUUUUAUCCCAUGCUAGUUGGACCGACUCAUAAGACCCAUGAUUAUGAUCGAGGCUGUUGUGAUGUAUUUUCCGAUACAGAUGUAAACACAAUCAAAAUAAUUUCGGAGUUGUGCAGUAUAAUAGCACAGCAAUCAGAUGGAAAAAAAAAGUUGACAAACCAAGAGAUCGCUUCGAAUUGUAGAAAUGCUAUUCUAAGUAAAUGUGGCAUAGACAUAUCUCCCAUAUUGAAUGAAAAUGUUUACUUGGACGGAAAAGUUAAAGGUGUUCUUGAAAAAAUAAGAUCUUUAAAUGGAUCACUUUGUUUGAAAUAUCAAUUUAAUGUCUCACCCUGGGUAUUGGGAGUACCUCAUAAAACCACUACAAAUUUUACAAUUUAUAAUGUUAGACAAGAAAGGCCUACACAUUUAAGACCUGAAAUGUUGCAUCCUGCCCUUAGAGAAAGAGGACGUGCUAUACCUGCUUCAUCAGCACCUAGAAAAUCUCCACCUCCAAAAAUUGUUGAAGGAAGGCCUCGUCCUAUACCUGGCAUGCGACCUCCCAUGGGAGGUGCAGGCCAUGUGGUACCACCGCCACAAAAGGGCACCUCUAUUAGUAUAAUUAUGCCUAUUUACACUGUUGGUAUUGUCGUCUUUUUUGCAUAUACCCUCAUAAAAGUGAUUUUCAAAAAGAAGCCAGAAGGUCCUGGAUUUGGAUUAUAUCCGUCAGUAGAACCAGAUCGAUUAUUCAGGAAACAAGUCUUUGAAUCGAAUAAGAAUCAACUAAAGUCGAAAUAUGGUCGUGAUUUAUCAGGAAAAUUAGGCUGUGAAGAUAGAGAUGCAAAUGAUGACGAGUUGGACCUACUUAGGCGCAGGCUGCGCGAAACCGAAUUGGCCAUGGAACGCAUUAUGGCACAGAUGGCGCAGGUUCCGCUGGGGUCUCAGAAUCACACCUCAAAUGGAUCAGUACCUGGGACUAAACAAGAUCAAACUUCAGUCAAGGUAUUGGGCAUGGAAACUACGGCAAGUUGCGAAGGUGGUCAAAAAUGGAGCAGACCAAAUUCUCCAAUCAUCUCACCAACCCCACCUCCACCAGUAGAAGAGCCUGAUCCUCCCCAGGAAAUUUAUUUAGAGGGAGCACUACCAGCACAGUCUCAGUUGUUAGUUUCUGAUUCGAAAACGGAAACUCAACCAAAUACAGAUGCUUCUGAUGAUCCUGCUGUUGUAUUAGCCAGCAAAAUGACCCUUUCUGUAAUUAGUUUGGAUUCGUUGCCGGAAACUGAAAACGGAAGCAGUAGCAGUAGCGGCAAAGACAGAGAAGAGUACGAAUUCGUUAGUAAAUCUGAUCUGAGUUCUACACAACACGAAGAUGAACGUGAGUCGCAAAAAAUUCCAUUGAACUUGAAAGAAGAAUUUUCGAGAGAUUUGCUACAAGCAGAAAAUAUUUCGGAGGGAGAAAUCAGCAACGACGAAGUAGACAUUGAAAUUGAUGAUGAAAUAGAUUAUCAUAAGGAAGAAGAUGUAAGAGAAAUUGCUCCAGAUGAUUCAGUUACACAAACAAUUCAAGAAAAAAUAAAUAAUGCUAACCAGAAUAUACAAAACAUAGAAAAAUUUGAAUCCAAAGUGCCAAUAUUUACUGAUAAAGAAAAACACGUAGAUGUUUUAAAUGAUGACAUACAAAAUGCAAAUGAAAGUAAAGUCGGAGAAGAGGUAAAAGUUGUAACACCUAUUCUGCAUGAAGAAUCUCACAAUGACACUGAAAAACUACCCGCUAGUAUUGAAGAAAAAUCUACACCAGAAGUGCUAAAUAGAGAAGAGAAGCAUUCUCAAGAACUUUCCAUACAAGAAAAAAUAGGUGAAGAAAACAACAAAACUCUUAAUUUCGAUUUACAAGAAAUUUUAAAAGUAGAAGAAGUAAGAGAUGCAAUCGAUUUAAAUUUGAACGGACCAAACGAGAAACAAAAGCUUAUUAAUUUUGAUUUACAAGGCGAUUUUAAUGUAGACAAACCUGUAGAAGUACAAGUGCAGGGCUAUCUUAAUCUAGAUAAACCUUUCGAAGUAAAAGCCCUACAAGAGCAUGAAGCUUUUGGUGUAGAAGACAACACUAUUGCUGUAAAACUUCCACAAAAUGAAAGUUCCACCACUUUUGAAGUUACUGCAGCUAAUAAUGAACAGCAAAUUAAAAAUAAGGAAGACAAAACACUCGAAAAUAGAACUAAAGAAACUGAAGCAGAAUUAACCCAAAUGGCUACAGAAAUAAUUGACGAAAUUACAAAUGCAGCUAAAGCUACGUUUGAAUUGAAUAAUUCUCCUUCACGAGCAGUUGUAGAAGUUCAACCUAUUCUUGACGAUGAUGAAAUAUUUUCAAAAUACGUGGCACGUGUUGGAAGUGAUAAACCCAUUAUAGAAACUUCCUCAAAAAAACCUACAACUUUAUUGCUUGAGAGUGAAAUAUCCGAAACUAUUCAGGAUGUCAGCAGUUUGAAUAAUGAGUCUGACCAAGCUUCAGAAAAAGGGUCUCGUUCAUUGAAAUUAUCUCCACAAGGAGAAAUAAUAGAAGAAAAUUAUUUUACGCUUGAAGGAUCUCCACUAUCAGCAGAAGAAGGAAAAAGUGAUGAUAUGUUGGUUGUUGAAGAAGUUGUUGAACUUUCAGAUGAAGAAUAUGAAAGACUCGAACGUGAAUUGGAAGAAAGAGAACGGGAAAGGGAAGGAAAAAUCGAAACUUCUACAGGUGUAGCAUCUUUAAUAAGUAAACAAGAAGGAGAAACCGAUUUAAAAUUGAAAGGAAAAAUAACGAGUGUGGAGUCGGCUAAAGAUUUAACCAGUGAUAUUACAGAGGAAGAUAAAAGUGGCACAAAGGAAAACGUCACAGAUCUGGAUGAAGAUAACGAUGACGAUUUAAAUGAUUUCGAUUUUAACAAGGAAUUAGAACGAAUAAAACGGGAAAUGAGCGCUUUUGGUAUUACAGUUGAUGAAAACGACGAAUCAAACGAAGCAGAGAAAGAUGUAAAGAACAGAGAUCAGCCACAGGUUUAAUUUACUAAUUAACGAAUUUAAUAAUUUUGAAGAUUGCAAUACAUAGUUAUUUGUAGAUAUAGAGAGUAAUUGUAAUGCUUUGUUUUGUACUUAACAAUUAUUGUGAUAUUUAUCAUUUUUUUAAUCUAGAAAUUUUCAAAAUUAUGAAAAAUUAUUUUUAAAAAUUUAUUGCUACAAGUUAAUAAUAGACUGAGUAAACUUUUUAAAGGAUUGAUUACUGUCUAGUAUUUUGACUUUGUUGCUAUGUAGGUUCAUGUUUAAUUGCAUUAUUUUAUGUAACAUUCUUACAUACCUACUCUCAAAUAAAAAACAAUUCUUGCUAUUUUUAA